UACAAGCCACAUAAAGCCAAAUAAACAAAUAAAUAUUGCAAAUAGACCAAAAACAUUCUUUCCAAAUGGACGAUAUAUUCUUUCCACCCACCAAAUCCAAUAGUUUGGACGAUUCAGAUGAUUUGAAGUUUUUCGAUUCCCACCAUCAAGACAAUCACAAGACCAGUGAGAGUAGCCAAAAUUCUUCGUCCGAUGAACAGGGCGGCCCCAAGUCCGAGGACAAUAGGGAGGAAUCUAGAGAUGAUAGAGAUGAACUGCAUAGAAUUAAAUCGGAGAACUCAGAUCAUAGAGAUGAUGCAGAUGAGCAGCCACAAAAUAAGAAACAAAAGAGUAAAAAGGAAAUAGAGGAGGAGGAACGUGAAAAAAUGCAGGUGUUAGUUUCCAAUUUUACCGAAGAACAAUUAGAUCGUUAUGAAAUGUAUAGAAGAUCGGCAUUUCCCAAGGCAGCCGUCAAGCGUCUAAUGCAAACAAUUACCGGCUGUUCAGUAUCACAGAAUGUAGUCAUAGCAAUGUCUGGUAUAGCAAAAGUCUUUGUGGGUGAAAUAGUGGAAGAAGCCCUAGAUGUUAUGGAGGAAAUGGGCGACACUGGAGCCUUACAACCCAAAUAUUUGCGUGAAGCUGUGAGACGCCUCCGACAACGUAAUCGCAUGCCCAUUGGCAAAUUUCAAAAACCCUAUUUUAGAUUAAAUUAGUUUAAAUGAAUUGUAAUAGCUUUAAUAAAUAAAUGUAUAUUUUUAAACCUA